UUAAUGUUACAUAAUUAUUUACAUUACUUGAAUACUAAAUGCAUUUAACCAGCUGGGUAUAAAUAAGGUAACGUUUAGUCUCUUGUAGUCAGUUGAAUAGAAGAACAGUUUGACACCAUGAAGUUAUAUAUCCUGUUGGGUCUCAUCUGUAUGGCCGGUCUCGCAUACGGUCAUGGAUUCCACAGAGGCGGGCUUUAUGGAAUGCGUGGUUAUGGAAGGCGUGGUUAUGGCAUUGGUGGAGGCGGUUUAAUUGGAGGUGGAAGCGGUUUUAUUGGCGGCGGAAGUGGUUUUAUCGGAGGAUCUGGGUCAUAUUUUGGAGCCGGAGCUGGAAAUGGCUAUAGCUUUGGCGCAAGAGGAUAUAGUUUUGGACUACCAAAUUAUCAUCACUGCAAAGGAAAAUAUUGCGGAUACAGAGGGGGUUACUCGGGUGGUUUUCCAUACCGCGGAGGAUUUGGGGGAUUUGGCGGUGGUGAUGAUUACGAUGGUGGUUUUGGUGACAGUUUUUAUGGUGGAGAUUAUGAUGAUGGUGGAUAUGGCUUUGGUGGAGAUGACGGCGGGUAUGGAAACUUUAUGGGUGGAUAUUCCCGUGGUUACCGAGGCUUCAGAGGAGGAUAUUUUCCAAGAACUUACUACCCAAAGAAAUAUUAAACUUGCGGUCAACGAUUUGAUAUGCAAAGGACCAUGACUCCAACAAACACAUCGACGACGAGUUUCUCUGUAUGAACUAUUUAAGUAAAUGUAUUAAAUAUCAUUGCAUCUA